AUGGUAGCUCGUGCUGAGAAUACUUUAGGGAAUAUCAUGUGGUGGGGUCUUACUCCUGCCAUGAAUCUUGCGAAGUGCCUUGAUAGUUUUUGUUUCGGCGAUCAUUUCGAUAAUAUUAACAUACUUUGCGUAGGAAUGGGAGAUUCAAGACACAUCUUGAAAACUUUAUCUUCAAGGUUUUCUGGAGGAAAUAAGUUUGAAACAUUCUACUUGAUCGAACCAUUUCACGAAACAUAUGCUCGGCAGAUGCUUCAGCUAUAUACAGCUCUUGAGCCUUACACAAGAAUAGGGCUGCAGGAGAAGGUAGAGAUGUACCUUGAAAUCUUUGGGAACGUGAUGAUUCGAGAUGUCACAUCUAAAUAUUUGAUUAGUGCUGCAAAUAAUCUGAGGAGGUUGGUGACAAACUUAGGCCCUCUUCCAUCAUUUGAAUUUGUUGAUUUGUCACAUUUGAAAUACAAGGAACGUGAUAUGCUGGAGUCAACACUUAAGUUUUGGAGUGGGGGAGAUGAAACAAAGUUUGAUGCUGACAAGUGUUGGAAUUAUCGUUUACGUAAACAUUUAGGUACCCGUUAUGAUGCCAUACCAAAUGUUUUUGACUGGGACUGUAGCAUAACUCUACACGAUCGAAAGGCUACUCAAAUAAACUCUAAAGAAUACGCUCAUUGGCGUCAGUAUGGGAUGGCGUUUGAACUUCGAGAAGCCAAUUACAAUGUUCCAAAUAGAAGUUUAGCUUCUGGAAGAGUUUUUAGGAAUUCAGCUGGUGAUAAAGGAGUUUACUGGGAUACAUCUGAAUGUAGUGAAUUAAAUCGUCUUGUUAAUGGGAAGCAUGCAUAUGCGGCAUCAACAAUAUCUGAAGUGAAUAUCCGUAAAAUGUUCUGGGAAUUAGAAAAUCAAGAAGACUGCCCAUUACAUAUAUCCGUUCCAUUUUUGGAUCCAUCAACAACAAAUGACGAAAAGUUAGUUCACAAAAUGAUCCCACAGUAG